CUUGAUCUGUUCUACCCCUGUGCCCACCCUUUUCACUGUUCUGUGACCUUUCGGACCGGCCAGCCUUCACCAGCAGUUUUCUGAUGCCAACAGGGCAAGCCACCGAACAGCAGCCACGACGCAGCAAACGGAUCGCUGAUCUCCAACAGCAACCUGCAGUUCGAUAGCAGCCACAAACCAGCACACAGAUGGCGACCACGCCUAACAACGGAACAUCGUCUGAGACUUUGACAUCCAGUAAUGCCGAACCCUUGCCGGUCUGUCCUGUUCAAGGGCCGAACGAGUCCAUCACGGACUACAUUCAGAGAGUGAAGACCUAUACGGGCUCACUAACCCUUGCCAGGGAACGGCAAGAUGCUGCUGAAGCAGAAAAACAGAGGCUGGCAGCGGAAGCUGCAGCCCAAGCCCAGCGACAAGCUGAGGCUGAGCAGUUGGCAACCGACAAGCUCAACGCCGACAGUGCCGACCUUCUGAUCUCUCAACACGAUCAGUGGGCAGCUGUGCUCAACGGGAUGCGUUAUGUCCCCGUAGCAGGCGCUGAUCCGAUGGCAGUACAGCAAGAGAGACAAAACCUGGCAGACAUUCUACUAUGCACAAUGCGCGCACUUAUCUGGAACAGCACCAUGGGUGCCCUUCAUUCCAGGUCUACACGGCAGCUGCAGCACGAUCUUAACCAUAACGUGAAGACGCUUGCAGCAGCCAUCAAGAUCGCAGACUCCCAGCUGCAACAGAUGGACACCCACAUUGCUGCUCUGGAGGCAAAGCCUUCCCAAGCAGUGCCAGGCGAGCGCAUCGACCCUGUCGUCAAUCUAAUCGGCGAACUAGGUGAUUUCACUAGUCUGGCCACGAUCAGCAGCACAGUGGCCGCCAUCAAGACGGACGUCACCAAACUGCAGACAAGACCGGACGCCGCUACAAGGACAUACAAGAUGCCGCACUUCAACAUCAGCAAGUUUGAUGACUACAACAAGACGAACGCCUUGACAUGGCGGCAAAGUUUCUUCACGGAAGCAUACUGCUGCAUUGUCCUGGCUGAAGAUAUGAUGAGGGCGCUCUACCUCCAACUGAUUGGAGGAGCACAGGCAUGGAUGAACCAUCUUGCGGCCACCAAGAAAUGCACCAUUGCCGAACUCCACAUGCACAUUCCGUGGAAGGAGUUCGAGCAACUGUGGUUCACUCGAUUCAUGGUCCGCAACGUUGUAAAGGCGGCCAUGAACGAGGUCUACACCAGCUCACAAGGAAGCAUGCCAACUCGAGACAGGACGAUCAAGUGGCAGAAGAUAGUGACCACGCCAGGUUUCGAUUUGAGUUUUCCAAACCAACGAUCCGAGUUCUUCUCGCGAUCGUGCGCAGGACUGCGAACGACACUCAGCAACGAGUACGAUUACGCCUCAUUCCAUGCUAUUCUGGAUCGUGUGAACCUGGUCAUCCAAACGGAUGACAAGGCCGCUAACGAACGGCAGUCCCAGACGCACUAUGUGGCUAAGCAAGGCUAUCAACGACCGGCACAUAACAAUGUCGUGAUUUAUGAUGAAUCAGUCGAUCUCCAUGCAACAACAGCAUCCUCGAGUGAUGGAGGAACUGUCGCAGCGCUCCCGCCGAAGCGUCCCAAGAGAGUUCGGAAGAACAAGGCGACACAAGCGACGACAACGACGGGAACUGGGCAGCAACCAUGGACGGCAUACAACACAACCAAGGAGGAGGUGCAGGAGUUCUUAUCAGGAUAUGGUGUAGUAGCCAACUACACCACGACCGCACACCCCCAGGCAAAUGCUCCAGUGGAAAGAGUACAUAGUACCAUCACGAACCUCCUAGCUAAGUGGACCAAAGGUAGGCCCAAUCAAUGGCCAAGGUACCUAAGGGCGGCAUUCUUCGUCGAGAACAUUACAGUGAGGAGAUCCACCAAAUACGCGCCGGCUACGCUGUGGUAUGGAAGGCACGCCACCUUCCCAAUCGAGAGCUUUCUUAAGACUUGGAGGCGCCAGGAUCUGGAAGUCAACUUGUCUUUUGAAGAGUUGCUCGAUAUUCGAGCGCGGCAAGUGGGGGCGAUAGAGAACAGGAUCCAGGAGGCGUCCAAUCAAGUGGAGAGAAGCCGUAUGGAUGAUAAGGCUCGCUGGGACCAGUCUGCACGAGUGAGGAAAGUACCCUUGGCAGUUGGGGACGUCGUGCUCCUGUACUAUUCAUCAUUAGAGAAGCAAUGGUCUAGGAAGCUCGACAAGAGGUGGUUAGGUCCCUACCGGAUCGUGCGGUGUGGAGAUUUUGGAGCAUACCAGAUCGAAGAGUUGAAUGGGACUAAAUGGAAGGACUGGGUAUCUGGAACGCGGCUGAAGAAAUUUGUGGCGAGAGAAGAGAGGAGUCGGAGGCAGAGGGACCCUGAGCCCAGUGAGGCGAGGCCAUCUCGAGGAGGUCGGAAGGCCCUAGCUAGGAGGGAAGAGGAGCCGUCGCCUGAGGUUGAGGAGCGAGGGGCCUAUCCUGAGUGUGGACUCGGACCGGUGGAGUUCCAUCGUUUUACCGAGGGUGGGCUGAGGAGGUCGCCAGUGCGCACACGGGAGGAGACGCUAGCAUCUGAGGGGCCACUGAGAGAGUUGGAGGCGCACUUGGAUGUCUCUCGGUGGGGAGCGUCGCCUCGCAGCGUGGAGUGUGGAGGACAGGCAGAGGAGAUGCCACGAGAGGAGAUGCCACGAGAGGAGAUACCACGAGAGGAGGUGCCACGAGAGGAGGUGCCACGAGAGGAGGCCCGAGACACCCAGAGGGAGAGGAGACUGGGCGAUGAGGGGAGACGUGCAGGGAAGGAAGUGAUAGAGCAAAGGGGAGAGGGGCUUCCUUCGCCAACAAGAGCCGGAUUCGGGGUAGCAAGGAAAGUAGAAGAGAGACUGGAUCGCAAGAUCAAGCUCCUGACAAAGACCAGUUUUGAUCGGUAUCUGAUGCUGAAAAGCGAUCUGGCAGGAAAGAAGAUGAAGGAAGAAGGCCAUGGAGUACGCCUGGAGACUAUGGGGGUGGAAAUCGAGGAGCUCAGGGCAUUGGUGGCCAGUCAGGCAAUGAUCAUCGCGGACUUGAGACAACAACUUCAGGGAAGGACGGACAGGCCGGAGAGCAGCCGACAGGGAGAGAAGAGGCAGCCGGGACCUGAGUUGUUGGGACAGCUACCUGCGGUGGAACCUCGCCAGGAGCCACCCAUGGGGAGGGUCAUCCUGGAGCCUGAGGAGGCUAAGGCCAAGAGGGAAGCGGAGAGAGAGGCCUUCGAGUUCAGGGCUCCUACUGAGCUCGCGACGCUGCCUACGGUAACGACGAAGCUCGUCAUGCCAUCGGCAGUUGAGGAGGGGCAUCCACCAUCCAGCAAUGAGCCAGCUCAGGGCUCAGUAGAGGGAUCCUUGGAUGUAGUCCUUGAGGCGGUGGGCACGAUGCAGGAGGAGGCGAGUCUGUUUUCGCCUGAGCAGAGGACGGAGGAACUGCUUGAGGGAGAGAUGGGGGUUGAGAUAGAGGACGUCGCUGAGGGCAGGCCCCAGAGGUUGGAUACGCCUGAGUAUGGGCCUGAGGGGAUUGGGAUUCGACCAGGGCCGAGUACCCAGGAGUUGGGGGCUGAACCCAGGGAGUCCGUGGACGCGCCUCAGAGUUGCGAGCUGAGCAGAGAGGCUAGCGAGGCACCAUCAUCGCCAGGAUCCCAGAGGGGAAAGAAGAGAUCCGGGAAAUGGUUUGAUACAUCCUGCGUCUUUUUCACAAAGGAAGGGCAUCGAGCCCUGCAAUGCCCUAAAUUCCUAAAGGACAAGGCUGAAGGGAAGGUCACAGAGGAGGGUGGCAGGAUGUAUGACAGACAGGGUAGGAUAGUAGAGAGAUCUGCAGAUGGGGGUAGGGCUCAACUAUAUAGGCAAAACCAGGAGGAGAUGAGUGAGUAGGACUGGGUUACCUAUAUGGUUGGUAUGUUGUGUGUAGGACUAGAGUUAGGACCAGAUGACGUCCUCUAGACU